AUGAAAUUCGCUCAUCUCUCCCUUGGGCUGCUGUCCCUUCUCGCGCCUCUCGCAGCCGCGUGGAGCAAAGAAGAUCGCGAGAUCUUUCGAAUACGCGACGAAAUCUCGGCUCACGAGAGCGACGCUGGCGCGACGUUUUACGACAUCCUCGGUGUUGCUCCGUCGGCCUCGUUUGAGGACAUUCAGAAGGCCUACCGCAAGAAGACGGUUGCUCUCCAUCCAGACAAGGUUAAGCAGCGGCUGCGAGCGGAACGCAACAAGAAAGCCGGCGGAACGGGAAAGAAGAGCGCAGUGAAGCCCCCCACUGCUGCCGAAAUCAGAAACGCCGUCAAGCAAGCGUCGGAGAGCCAGACUCGGCUCAGCCUGAUCGCCAACAUCUUGAAAGGGCCUGCUCGAGAUCGCUACGACCACUUCCUUGCCAAUGGUUUCCCGCUGUGGAAAGGAACCGACUACUACUACAACAGGUACAGGCCUGGUUUGGGAACCGUCAUGGUUGGGCUGUUCGUGGUCGGCGGCGGCGCGAUUCACUACCUCGUUCUGUACAUGAGCUGGAAGCGGCAGCGGGAAUUCGUCGAGCGAUACGUCAAGUUUGCCAGGGACACCGCCUGGGGCGGUAGCGUGGGCAUUCCCGCCAUGGAACCUCAGCCAGCAGAGUCCCCCGAUGAGGACGCCCCUCCGCCCAUUCCCCAGAAUCGCAAGGAGCGCCGCAUGCAGGUGAAGGAGUCCAAGAAGGAGAGUGGUCGCGGACGGGUGAAAAGGAUCGCCAAGAAGAGUUCCGCCGACUCCCGCGAGCCUUCGUCCGGGCCUACUGGAGCUCGCCGGAGGGUCGUUGCUGAAAACGGAAAGAUUCUCGUCGUGGAUUCCCUCGGAGACGUUUACCUGGAAGAAGAAGACGAGGACGGCAACGUUGGUGAAUAUCUCCUUGACCCCAACGAGCUGGCUCAACCUACGUUCAAGGACACCGCCGUGGUGCGAUUGCCUCUCCACGUUUACAACCUGACCGUCGGCCGUCUCACCGCCAAGAAGGAGGCGGACACAAAGUCUCAGGCUCCCGAGGUCGAGGACGCGGCCGACGCUGCGCAGCGAACCCCGGGCAAUGACUCUGUCAGCGAAGAGUUUGAACUUUUGGACAACAGCACCGACUCGUUGGGCAAAGCCAAGUCGUCCGGGAUGGAGAAGAGCGGCAAGUCAAACAAGCGCAAGAACAAGAAGAGGUGA